ACCGAUCCACAUCCAAAUCCGAAGAUAUUUGAGGCUUUGAGGAAAGACGGAAAACUUUCAGUAGAAAAAAACAAAAUAAAGGAAACAGUGGUGACAGUGGCGUGAACUUGUUUCACAACGUUAGUCAAGAGCACUGUGCUGACAGAAGCAACUGAACAUCAACAAGGAAGUCUCUGUCAUGUCCUUGCGGUUCCACUGCCCUGAUUGAAUGCGCUCAACCUUCUGCUGUCGAGUGAGGUGUUGGCAAUCGGCGAGUGCGAGUCUCCGAAAGUGGUCGUCGUUAUCGUCGUCGUGCUGAGGACGACGGCAGUCGCGAUGAGUGCGAGUUUCACGAAGCGCGGAAUGGCCUCGCCUUCGGCUGGCUACAAACAGGCCAGGUAUAUCUAUGAGCUCCCCUUCCAGGCACGAGACAAGCUGUGCAAACUGCUGGAUGCCGGCGGACGAUGGAAGGAGCUCGGUUUCAACUUCAUGAACAUGGACCACAUUGCUGUGAGCCUGAUGGAACAAGCAGUGCUCAGGAAAGCGAGCCCAACAGACGAACUGCUGCACAAGUGGGGCGAAAAAAAUGGCACCAUCAACCAGCUGUUUGUGUACCUCUACAAAAUGAAGCACAUGCAGGCAAUGCUCAUCAUCAAAGAUUUUGUGAAUCCCAAGUACCACUCUUUGCUGGAGAGGCAGCAGACCACUGAGUUGGAUAGUGCACUCCUCUGCAGCAGCAGCUUUUCUGUGCACUCGUCCCGUUUCCCAGAGUGUAGUGCUCCGCCACAGUCUUCCAUGGGAGCCGCCGCUUACAACAAGAAGCUCUAUCCAGAGGACUGCAACAUGAACUUCAAUGAGAGCUACCUGCAGGGCAAGGUUGACAGCGGCAAAGUCAAGAUGCUGAGUUCGGGCUUGCCAGGCAAGAGCAACAGAAGUCGACAGCUUGCUCCCCAGAAUAACCUCCCGUCUGUGAGCAACAACUGCUUUGUCAAUGUGAACAACCUGUACCCCGACCUGCCGAGGUUGCCAGCCACCAGUAACAGAGACUCCAGCAGUUCCGAGGGAAAAGUGCAAAACAUUGGCAGCAAGAAACCCAACAUCACUCCCGACAGUCCUCAGAGGAGUACAGUCGUCGGUGCAAAGAGAGAUUCUGGCGAGGUGCAGCCGAUAGUCAACACUAUAUCGUACAAAGAACUCCUCUCGGCCACCGAGGGUUUCCUUGAGAGCAACAUUCUGGGCAGAGGCGGAUUUGGCACGGUGUACAAGGGCUGCUGGAAGGACACUACAGUUGCCAUCAAAAGGUUGCACCUGAAAGAGAAGGAUGCCGACAUCAGACAGGACCAGAACCUAAAGCAGUCGCUGACCGAACUGAAGGUCUUGCAGAGCUUUCGCAUUGACAACAUCCUACCCCUGUACGGUGUUUCCCUGGAUGGCCCCGAACCUUGUCUUGUGUACCAGUACAUGAAGAAUGGAUCCCUCGAAGACAGGCUACGCUGCAAGCAUAAGACGCCUCCUCUGAACUGGACCCAGCGGAAUGUGAUUGCCAAGGGCACAGCAAGGGGCCUCUAUUUUCUGCACACAAGCAUCAAGGGCCAGCCCCUCAUUCAUGGAGACAUCAAAAGUGCCAACAUCCUGCUUGACUGCAACCUGGAGCCCAAGAUUGGGGACUUUGGCCUGACGCGAGAGGGGCCGCCGACCGAGCUGACGCACAUUGUUGUGUCGCAUGUGCACGGCACCAAGUACUACCUGCCCCACGAAUACCUGAAAAGCCGGCAGCUCUCUACAAAGGUGGACAUCUACAGCUACGGCAUUGUCCUUCUGGAGCUGGCCACAAGCAAGCAUGUGUUCGAUAAGCGACGCAAGUCGAAAGCUCUGAUUGAUCAUGUAGCAGACUGUGCCCGAAGUAACCAGCUAGACUCGCUGAGAGAUGUGGGUGCCGGUGACGAAAACUCGGUUGUCUUUCACCUGCUGAUUCACCUCGGACAGAAGUGCUCCAGCCCAGAGAGGAAAGAGAGGCCCGAAAUGGAAGAGGUUUUGCAGCAGUUCCGAGAAAAUCCAACAGAGGCUGUCAGACGGCUGUCCCAGUGCACCUUCCCACCGUCCCAGCCAGGCAGCCAGAGCCCGUCGCCCCUGGACAUCCAGCUGUGGUACGACAUCCGGCAGGCAGCCAUGCAGUCCACCAGGCCCACCUUCCUGACACCCAACACCGCCCCUUUGUCGACGACGCCCACUGUGCUGCCCACCAGCCCGAGGCUCUCGCCGACAUUACCCGGCAGAAUGGCCCCACCUCCGUCGCCGUCGGGAGCGGCACCGUCGGCAGUGGCACCAUCGACCGCGGUACCGUCAGCAUCGUUGGCGUCGAUGCCCCCAACCACAGAAAGACCCAUCGUCCCCCUCGCCAUUCCCGAAACCUUGCAUUGCCCCCGAAAAAUGACUCCACCGGGCUUCCUCUUGCCUCGAAUUUCCGAGCUGGGAGUCUCCUUCAACUCGGAGGAGCACGAAAGCAAACGGGUGGAGCAUUCUCGCACCAGCGAGCUGAGCGGCAUGAACUCGGACGGGGCCGAGAGCGACGACAGCGCGGCGGAUGACAGCGGAAAGGUUUUCUCGGAUCCAAGGUUGCUCAAGAGCUCUCUCCAACUGCCGGACCUGGACCACCUCGAAAUAAGUUCGGUCGAGCUCUUGGAAGAUUGACGCUUCGUGUUUGGGACUGUGCAAUCGAGGUGGCACUGCCGCGAUCUGACAUCGACCGUACGGUGUCGCGGCGCUAAGUGCGAGCGUCUUGCCGACGAGGCUCAGAGCCCCGCAAUAAGUCGUACGUGCAUCUGCCAAAAGAAAAUGCUCUCUUUCUCGAUAAUUUGCGCUCAGUAUACUCCCGUCAUAAAAGGCACGCGGCAAAUGAGUACGUAAAUUUAUCCGAGCGUCGUUGUAACCACUAAUCCAUUCAUUCAAGCUCUCAAUUGAAAGUGUGCUUCCCAUUGAUGCAACUGCUACGGUCAUUCGAGACUUCAGGUUAGUCGCCCCGUUUUACGAGUCGCGACGUCGCUGCAUGCACCAUCUCGGGAGUUAUUGUAAGAGACACGGGCACGAGUGCCUGGCUCUACAGAGUGUGUGCACAAGGUCUCGCUCGAGGGAAGUGCCAUGUUGUCGCGUUUUCGUCUAAUUGGGCCACACUACAAGUUGUGAGGGAGAAUAUACCUACGAAUAUAGAAGAGACAGAUGGAACGAAAACGGCAGGGACCGUCUUUUGAACGCCCGGCUUCCAGCCUGCCAUUCCAGCCUGCGCUUCGUGCCUCGCGUCGUGCUUUGGCUGCGCACGUGCUUGAGGCCCACGAGACGUUGAAGCGUUGUCGAAGGUGGGAAGCUCACGCUGGAUGGAGGCGGCACGACUGAAGCUCUCCCCUGCCAUUCUCGCCUAGUCAGCGACUACAGCUUGGCUGUCUGCACAAGCGCUCGUACAACGCCAGCACCAUUUUGAGCCAAUGCUCAUGUGCCUGUCACAACGCCGCAUAAUAGUAUGUGCAAAGUUGAAUAUAAAAAUAUUUAGGUUUAAGAUAUAUAGUCAUAUGCUACUAAUGCAUAUAUAUGCCUGAAGUGCAAAGCACAUCUCUACUUUCUGUGAUAACAGAGUUGUAUAAGUACUACUAUAUACUAUUAAAUGUUACGCAGUGCCUUGGGCUUUGUCCUACUAUUGCUGUCCCGCAAUAAUCGCUCAAUAAAUGUUUUAUAACUGGAAAGUUUGAUGGCACAGGAAACUCCCGUUUUUUCUUCCCUGUGCUAGCACUUUGCCGAUGCAACGGUGGUGCUAUAGCCAUAGGUAAUGGUGCUGGUAGUAUCUCCCGCUUUCCCACUUAAUUAUAUUUUUAGUUGCUUGCUUGGGGAUGUUUCUUCCAGACAGCAUGUUCUUCGGAAGAACGACAGAAUAGGUGCCAAGACUGCGCUCGAGCGAGCCAAUUCUUUUAUUUUGAAUAACAAAUUUAAAUUUGGAGCAAUAGUAGUAUUCUGGAGCAACUGUUAAAGAGACAUAUCCUCUGAAAGGAAAGCACUAAGUAGUACUCUAUUGGAGGGUGACUCGUACCAUUCAGUUGAACUGCCGCUUGGGGAAAUCUUCUACACGAGACAUUAAUGAAUGGCCAAGAUGGCAGCAGCUGGCGAGGGCUGUUAGUGCUUUGAGCAAUUCCAGAUAAUUACGAGGAAAGUUAAUGCACUCGGUCAAUGUGCGACCAUUUAUUUUGGCUGCAUCAUCUCAUUUGCCUUUCGGAACAGUGACUUGGAAGCAUGUGUGGCACUCUUGCAUAUGCACAUAUUCAGAGGGUUUUUCGCAUGGUCAGAAAUCUUGCAACCCGUUUCGCAGAGUUUUUCUCCUUGGCUUUCUAGUUCUACACUAUAAAAAAAUUAUUGGUCAGUCUUAAGACUACACAGUGGAUAUUAAAUCCAGCCCUUUUGUAGAAAGAGCUUCACCCUUUAAUAAAUUAACUGUAAACAGGUACACAUUUUUUUUUUUCGUCAACUGGCGCAGUGGCAUAUGCCUACACCAAGACCGACGACCGGAUGACAACGAACAGGAGGAAAGCCUCCUUUGGACGCUCCUGAUGUACGGUGUGUGCGACACCGGGGCCCGUCUCACAAUCUUACAUUUCUUGUGGCAUGGACCACCCCACAUUCCGACACCCGCCAGACUUCGUCCCCCCUUUGCGAGUUUGUACAUGAAGCCGGCAUGAUGGGCAAGAUGUGAUAGCCCUUUCCUCUCCACCCUUCCCAACAUUGGGCCAUAGGGCCAUCCUCGUGGCAUAUAUUCUUUCUCUCUUUUUGUCACAAAAUACACACGUGUCUGUCCUAAUUGAUGCCGAAUGGGUAGGGAAAAACUGGAGCAUAAUGCUCUUGCAUACAUCUUUUUUUUUUUUUUAUGUGAAAGCAUUAGUUGUUUUAUGGAGAGAGUUGAACGUCAUCAGCUUUGAAACCAUGCGCAACGGCACCUUAAUGAAACCACGCGCGAAGCUAGCCAAUAGCACCUUUUACACUUCAGACCCAUUGGCUGGCGCGCGUCGAGGAGGCUCUCAUUGGCCACUGCGCAUCGGUUUGUGUGGCAUCAUCUUGACUGUGUUAUCACACUGUUGUGUUAUCGCUGCGUUUGCUCGCCUUUUAUUGGUUGUACGCGUGGCAAUGUGGCAAUAUAUACGGCGCAUGGAAUAAACUAAGGGGUUCGUUCUGCUGGAAA